AUGUCGUUCAACGAAAUUGGCGCGGCUUUCACCCUGGCGACGCUUUCAAAACCCGUCUGCUCCACCAACGGGCGCAUACAUGCAGCGAGCGUAUGCAGUCUCAGUGGCAUAAAGAAGAGGAAGCGCACAGAAAUUGCCGUAGGGCUUAAUGGCGAGGGAAUCUCGAUAUACAGCCUCCAAAAUCCCCAACUCGUAACUUCCUACGCUCUGCCGCCAAGCACUGCCUUCACACUUGCUCCCUUCUCAGUCUAUCGCAAAGGCUCGUCCAAGACAUCUUCGCAGCGCUUCACAUAUGCCUCGGUCACGGGCUCCGCACAAUCCGACAAGUCGCAGCUGAUCUGCUUCCAAGAGAAGUCUUCUGGAGACCGCACCGAAACCGCAAAGACGGGGUAUGCCCCGUCCUCGGGUGCUCAAAUACUGGCGCUCGAUGCGCUCCCUGUUACGCCUGGUGGGUCCGCAACGGCUGCGACCCAUGACAUUCUCGCGACUUUCGAUAACGGGGACGUCAUUUGCUUGUCUGCGGAUCUCGAGACCGUUCGAUGGGUUGCCAAACUAGAAGCAGCCAAGGUUGGAGGAACGAUUGCACAUGUAUCGACAUCCACAGCGAAGGCAGUCAUCCGCGGCCUGCUCCGGAAUAGGGAAGAUGUUGCUUCUCUCUUGGCCCCCACAAAUGGCAAUGCAUCGGAUCUUCUGGAGCUCACACAGAUACUAUGUGUCGUUUCACGCAAGCCCAGCGGAUCAGUCACUCUCAGCCUUCUCCAAGUCCAGUCACGGUCGCCAGACCUUACCACUGCUCCAAUGUCACCUCUCAAACUUCUCGUAUCUUGGGACUUGAAACAACGGACCAACGCGUCUACUUCUACGACCCACUACGCACUCCACUCUUCUAGCGGCAUUCUGCAUAUGCUUGAGGGCUCGACUCUACUCUCAUACGACUUCUCUGAGAAUGUACCAAAACUGUAUUCGGAACUGACGCUACCCGGUUCUGAUAUCGACUCAUUUCUGCGCCUCUCACAAGAUACUCUACUGAUGACUUCACGACAAACGUGCCGCGUGUUUGAUGCCAGGUUCAACACGCUGCAGGCAGUACACUCCCUCGAUACCUUCUCGACCUUGUCGGAUGCAGCAAGUCCAGCUAAGAAGCGAAAGAUCGCCCAAGCGGAGACUACGGAGCAGAAUAGUCAAGUCAAUCUACUUGCAUACUAUGCUGAUCACGACCUCGUGGUAGCUGUGCGGGAGGGUGAGGUUAUCGGCAUGCAAAUUGACGGCUCUUUCACACACAAGCGCCCUAGACAGGAAGGCACUUUGUUGUCGGAGGCACUUGGCAAAGGAAUCUCCUGCACAAGCGCUCGCGAGGCGCAGAAAUGGAGUGAAAGAAAGGCAAAACUGGAUCGAUACGCAUCAAAGGGAAGAAUCAACAAGUUCGAGAAAGCCAUCGCAGGAGAUUUGGGUAUCGAGACUGAGUCGAACAUACUCAUAUUCAAGGAAGAAAACGAAGUGAAUGGAGGGCCUCUUACGAAUGGCAUGGGUCCCAGUAUACCGGACGAAGAUGCCAUGGCAAUCGAUCUCGACCAAGAGAACAACCCAGACGAUGACUUGAAAACAUGGAAGUUAUCAAGUGUCGUCCCAGAUAUCCGCAAAUCGCAGUACCGCCGAUAUGCUUUGUAUGCAUUGAGUAAGAUCUUCCGAUCGACGAUAGUCUCUCAGGACGACGGAAAUGCUCAAAGCAUUCUGAGGAUUCAGUUCUUUCCACCAAAUGUCUUCCAGUGGCUGCUCCACACCGGACACCUUUCUGUGGCCUCCAUCCGCCACGCAAUGCUUGAGGAGUCACCCAAGAAUGCGCAUCUGUCGCCGUCCAUUGUUGAUGGAGACAUUGUCAAAGCACUUGUCGAUUUCGACCCAGAUUUACACAUACUCUCUGCCAUCCUCAACUACAGUGGACAUUUGCCUGUUGGGGAAGUUGUCCAAGCUAUCAAGCUCCUCAUGCAAAGCUUAGACGAACAGCCAAAGGCGCAGAAUACGACGAAGCUUUUGACUAACGGCAACGCUCCUUCAGAAGAGGAAAUGGACGUCGACAUUACUUCCGAGCUUGACGCGGCGACUAACGAAGUUGAUCAUGCGCUCUCGGUACUUGAUCACGGCUUGCUCAUUCGCAGCCACACCCUUCGCCCAGCUCUGCUCCGAUUGCACGGGUUUUCACCACGCAUAAUCACCACUACGCUUCGCUCAAUGCUUGCACGACACGAUCUUGAGGCCCUGAUCAGUCUUCUGCACCUUGAGAUGAAGAAUGGAGGCUGGUCAUCGUCGUAUGAUGGCAGCGAUGCCGACCCUUCACCCCUAAAUGAGAGUCCAGACGAUCACGCAGUAGCUAUCAUUGCUUCGCUGCUUAGCUGCACUCUCGAUGCUAUCGGUGCUGGUGCUUGGCUUGCGACUGUCGGCAAUUCAGCAGAAUCCGAGUCGAGCGAAGACAUCAUCGAAGCCCUGCAAAGCGACACAUCAGAAGCACUCAACGGUUUCUGGGAAGCGCGAUACAUGCGUGGUCUUCUAGGCGAGUUUCUGCGAUUUGCUUCCAACCUGCCAAAGAGCCACAAACCGUCCAGCAAAUCACUCGAAAGACAAGGCAAGCCGUUCGCGGUCACGCAAGACGAUGGCGAGCUUCCCAUGUUACCCCUUGGUGCUAAGCCUGACAUGGGUAUCGAGAAGAUGAAGUCUGGCCGAGGAGGAAAGAAAGACGAGAUAAGCAAGCGUGAGAUGGGUCUAUUGAUCAGUAAAAAGGUGCCAAAGUACAGCUUUGAGAAGAUUGUGGUAUAG